AUGGGAGAGAUUUAUUUCGUUUCCUGUUCAUAGUGUGUUCCGUAUUUUACUACUUUUGCCAAAAAAGUAGUUUUUUUACUUAAAUUUAAAAUUAAACUAAACUGGUUUAGUGGAUAUUAAUGGUGUAAAUGUCGUUUUUAAUCGCUUAAAUACUGCAAAAUACUUACAGACAUGAUGGAUAAUUCGUCAAUCGACAUGUAACUGUGCUGCAGGAUCUGGAAGAAGAGAGGAGACUGAAGAAACAACGAUAAGCUUAUUUUAAAUCUUUAAAAGUCUAUAUUUUUUCAAUUUUCAUAUUUUUAAAUCCAACACAAUGGAAAACACAACCCUUAUACACCUGUUCUGUUACCUACUGGGUGUUCAUAUUAUUCUCUCGUAUGGAUGUGGUCAGAGUGAAUAUCGGUCAGAAGCUGGAGACUGCUGCCCAAUGUGUAACUUAGGAAUGGUGGUCCAGAAGGAAUGUGAUGGUGAUUACAGUACUGCAUGUGAGCUGUGCUCCACGGGAAGAACAUACAUGGAUCAACCCAACGGACUGAAGCAGUGUUUCCCCUGCAAAUCAUGCCACCGCCAGAAAGGUCUGUAUGUAUUGAGCUCGUGUACGGUGAUGAGGAAUACUCAGUGUAAAGUGAUGGAGGGGUAUUACUGUACAGAGUUCUCGGGAGGUGAAUGCAGCUCUGCACUCAAACACAGACAGUGUGAACCUGGAGAGGCAAUAAAAACACCAGGAAGUGAAAAGUCAGAUACAGUGUGUGAGGCAUGUCCCUCGGGAUUUUACUCUCCACUGGGAAUAAAAUGCACCAGAUGGACCGACUGUUCAGUGAGGGAUGAGGUGCAGCAGAGGGCCGGCAGUGCGGUGGAAGAUGUUCAGUGUGUAUCUAAAUCUUCCCGACAGAGAUACUCUAUCAUACCGGCUGCAGCUUCAGCACUGAUUCUGCUUUUAUUACUGAUAAUCCGGUUCAUUAAACACAAAAACCCUGAGAAAUCACACAAAAAACGCAGGGAAGUGAAUAGAGGUGAUGAGAGAUUGUGGAUUAACGGAAGCUGUACAGGAAACAGUUCAGCGCACACAGAAUCAUCAGUGGUGCGUCUGAAUUUCUUCAGGAAUGGAAACAGAGAAACCAGAUCAGCACAGCCCUGAGAACCACCUCACUCUGAACACCAGACUGACUGGAUACUGCAGGUACUGAUGGCCGAGUGAGGCGGCUAUAAAAGACGAGCUCCAGGAGCAGGAGUAAGAGUAAAGGAUGUUUAAAUUAACAGACUAACACACAUAAAUCUUAUUCACAACUCUCUACCCUAUUUUUACUGAUCUAUAGGUGAGUCGUGCACCGUGCACCUUAAAGCUCACCUUCCGCGAAAAUCCGAUUUUUCUUGUUUUUUGUGGAAUACAGUAGGUCUCUCUGAGUUGAAUGUGUACACCUGCACAUUAAACUGUUUUGCCGCCCCCAUUGUCUGCAGGAGCUAAGCAAAGAAAUCCCCCCUCCCCCCCUCCGAAAAACGGGUGAAUUUUGAAUUAUCUUUCUGCCUACGUAGGCAGAAACUCACAGACCAGCCCACCUUGGCUCGAGAAACUCCCAGAGGCGGAGCUGAAGCGACGCAACAUCACCGCUCAUCAGUUAGGAGGUGGGAGGCAGUGAGCGGCAGAGCGGUGGAGGGGCGUCGCAGUGCUCCUAGCCAAUCAGAGGAGAGAUAUUUGCAUUCUGUUUGCAUGUAUGAAUAUUCAUGAGCAAAGCUGGAAUCCGGUCAUUUUGGACACACCCCUAAAACAGUCCAUUAAAAAAGAGCUAUACAGAGACACCUGAGCACUUUUUUUUUACAAAAACGGCUCACAUGUCAUUCAUUCAUACUAGAGACCACAACUAGACAUUUUAAAAUGAAAGAAAAAAACGACGGAAGGUGAGCUUUAAUGUAAGACAUGUCAGUGUGUCUUUGCUGUCAUAAUGACGGGAAAAGUACACCAUGCUCGUCUUGAAAGAUGCAAAUGGCAUGUACUGUUUCCCACUAAUUCUGUUUAUUGUUGAUAUAAAAGUUGGGUUUGUAUUCAGUCAGUGGAGCUCCUGUGUUUUCUGUUACCAAGAUAAACAAGAUAAAACUCCAGAAAUGUACCUGAACACACCUCAUUUCCAGAACACCACGCCCAUCAGUGUAGAUAUAUUCAGAAGCUCUGCUGCUGUUUAAACCAGGCAGGAGGAAGGAGUGAAAACAGACUGUUUGCGGGGUGGAAGAUUGCGAUGAGCAUCAGGAUGCAACUUUUUCAGCAAGCAUCGAUUAGAUUCUCAUUGAUCAGCCCAACUGCAGCCUGAACUCUGUCAUUUACCGGGAUCUCCACCUGUUCAGGGAGGGGCAGUUUGUGUCUGGACGACCCCUAGAGCUGUAAAAAAAAGCUCAGUGUUGAGGAGAAGGAAACCUGUGAUUAAUCGCGAUUAAUCACCAAAUUUUGGGAGAAAACUGAGGUAACCUGAUGAAAAUACUGAUUUAAAUACUGAUCACACACACUCCUCACAGAAAGGGAGAAUAACCAGGGGUCAAACCCACGACCUCACACACCUGCAUCUGUGCUACACCUGCAUUACCUGCAGAGAGAGUCUGCAGACACACUGUGAUCUAACUUCAUAUUGAGGGUUUUUAUAAACGUAAGACUGAAAUUAAUUAAUAUUAACCAGAACUAGGCUUGUCACGAUCAGUAUGUUAUCAAUUUAUCAUGUGAUAAUUCUUUAAAUCUCGAUCAUUUUUGUUGACGUAGAAACAGCCGCUGAGCGAGGAGAACCCAUCCACGCUUACUGUCUGACUGUCUGACUGUCUGACUGUCUGACUGUUACAUUAAAAAUACAUUUAUAGUAAGACUCUACCUGCUGAGCCUCUUUGUCUUCAAUCAUAAUGGAUACGUGUGUUUUUGAGCUAAUGUGUUUUUUUACAGUAUAUUAUACAUAAAUGAUCAGAUAAAUGUUACUUUAAUCUAUUUGUUGUUACUUAAAUUUUUUUUAAAGGUCUUUUUAAUAUUUAGUGCAGUUUUCUCAGAACCCACAGAGUGCCAGGCUGUUUGAACUUUAUUUUAUUUAUUUAGAAUAUUAACAUAUUUGGUACCACUUUAAAAUAAGACUACUCUUAUGAAGGAUUUAUAAAUGGCUUAUAAAUUAGAUUAUUAAUUAUUAUUGAUUAGGUUGUAAAUGCUUUAAAAACCAUUGAUAAGCAGUUAAAACACAUUAAUUAAAAAGGCAACAGUGAUUCAUUGUUUACUUUUUAGUCAUUUAAUUUUUAGUAAAUAGUAAAACAUAAUUAUAAAUAUAUUAAUAUGACGGGUUUAAAGCUGAUUGAUGGAAAACACAAAGAAAGAUCAGUAUCUAUAAAGAUUAAAGAGGUUUGACGGGAUAGAUGCAAAAUACUGCUACUGUUGCCAUUUCUAUUUAUGUGUUAUAUAUAUAUAUAUAUAUUUAUUAACUGUUUAUUAAUGGGUUUUAAAGUAUUUGCAACCUAAUUAGUAACCAUUAAUAAACACCUUUAUAAACCAUUUAUAAACCUUUUAUAAAGGUAGACUUAUUUUAAAGUGGUACCAAAUAUUUUUAUAUUAGAAGCCCAAUGUCUGCUCUUAAUAAUAAUAUAAAGUUAGUUUAACUGUAAAUUGGUGUAAUAUUAUUAUUAUUAUGCUAGUAUUUUAUGAAUGUGGCACAUUGUGGUAAAGCUCUUUGGGAGCCCAGAAGCAGGAAAAAGCCUUUUCUGUAGUGGAGCUUUAAAAUGACUUAUCAUUUAUCACAAUAAUUUCUGGAACAAUAUAUCGUCCUGAAAGGUUGUUAUCGUGACAGACCUAAUUAAAACAGAUUGUGAAUUGUUGUGUUGAGCAUUAUUGUUAAAACAAAAUCACUCCAGUUUAUCUGAUUGAUUUUCUGCCAAACACUUGAAUUUUUCUAACAAAAAAAAAUGUAUGUAUUAUUGUACAGUGUUGCAGCUUUCUGUAAAAACUGUUUUUAAACUUUCAUUCGCUAACAAAUGAUCACUGUAUGUUUUAUAUUUUAACUGUGUAUUUUUUAUAUAUUUUCAUAGAUCAAAAUGUGUAUCUCUGAAACACUAAUGUUGUAAAAAGUCUCAGACUGUACUAUCCAACUUUGUAUGUAUAUAUUUUACAUUAAACAUAAUCUCUCUGAUAAUCAGUUAUUGUAUGUUGGUAUAUAUGUGUAUGUAUUAUAUGUUGUUUACACUGUGGGAUAAAUUGUGUGAAGGUAAUUUCAGUGUGUAAGAUGUAUAAUGACUUUAAUCUGGGUGUUUGAGUGUAAAGGUAGAAUAAAAGUCCCUCCACAUCCCAAA